CGGCAAGAAGCGGAGCCUGGGCGCCCUGGCCACAGCCUGGCUCGCCUUCUACAACAUCGCCAUGACGGCGGGGGAAAGAGAGGAUGCCACUGGAGCAGACCUGAUAGCAGGGGCCGGCAGCCCGCAUGCACGCGAGGCCGCGAGCCGAGCACGUCGCAGCCCGGGAUCUGGGCAGCUGCAGACGGUGCAGAGAAGCGGCUCGGGGCAGCGACUGCGCGCACAUCGCGGGCGCUGCGGGGAAGGGGAAGGGGCAGCGCGGGCCUGGCCAUCCCGGGCCUAAGGGCACCCCCGGCAGCAGCGAGGAGCGGGCCCCUCGCAGCUCCCCGACAUCUGCCUCUGGCCCGCCAGCCUCGGCGUGGGUCACGGUUGGGGAGUUUUGGCACUCCGGCCAAAAACACUGCCGACCCCUGCCCUAUAGACUUGAUGCAGAGACAUUAUUGGGCGGAGGGAGGGAGGGAGCUUGCUUUUGUUAUGCAGAAAGUCAGACCUGGGGGAUGGUUAUUUCUCUCCUUAAUAACUAGACAAGGCUCUGGACCACGUCCCUAGCUGUUCAAGUCAGCGGGCGCAGCUUUGGACCCUCGCUUGCACAGCAGCAUCUGAUUUACUGUGUUGACUUGCUAUAAUCUUUGCUGCCUGGCAAUGUACGGGCCCUGCCAUGUGAAAUGAAAGCUGACUCAAAACUGGCUUUCAAGUUGUUCCACAUUUUCAAGCAGUAACUUUAUAGUUGGUUGGUUCUUUCUGUCAGCUGGAUGGACAUUUUUGUCAUGCAGUAAUUACUUUGCAUGGGCGACUGGUCUAAAUUUGUUGCGCGAUUCACCAGUUAAUUGCCUGAUAAUUACUUUGUAUGUGGGGUCGGCCUACUUUUAUUGUGCAGUUCACUGAUGAAUUGUAUAACAUGGAUAACAUGUGACAAGGGCUGUAUGUUUGAUAACUGAAUUCCUCAGCCCUUGGUUUGUUGUGGGUUUACUCCUAAGUGCUGGGCUCCUGCCAUAAAUACUGAAGGGUCCUUGAACCAUUUUAAUUCUGUCAUGUGCUGAGUUCUUUCUCUGUUUCUCAUCAAAGUGGAAAGUAAUUGAGGAUAACUAUAAGGACCUUGUUCCACCUUAUGCUAAAAGCCACGCAAAUGUUAAUCUGCUUAGUGUUGUUCUGCUUAGUGGAGCAGCUGCAUGUUAACAUGAAAAACCAUCUCUGACUAUCCUUCACCUGCACAACUGUGACUUGUCACUAGGCUGCAGUGUCUCCCAUUGCUGCACGCACCAGCUCUGCUCCCACUGGUCAGAGCAAGUCCCUUUGAGCAGUGGCGGGAGGCACUGUCUACGCCCCGCCCUGCCCAAUGCUGCUUAGACUGGCUUGCUCUACCUGGCAGGAACAGUGAGCCAAUUCAAGCAAUGGCUGGCUGCUGCUGUUGCUUGGACUGGCUUGCUCUGCCUGGCAGGAGCAGAGUUGGUUUGCAUGGAUGCAGGAGCACCAUAGCCAUCAGGUGCUCUGGGGCUGCUAUGCUUGCUCUGCCCAAUGUGCCUGGGAUGCAAGGUGCUGUGCCCGCCCGGCUGUGCCCCAGUGUCCCUGCUUGCCCUGACUCAGGACGGGCAACUGAGAUGCUGGAGGACUUCAGUUUGGGUAGAACAGCUGUGGAGAGUGGCCACACCUUAAUGGAACGGGAGCAAAAUUAGGGAGAUUAAAGAUAAAUUUGCCCUGGAGUGGUGUAAUUGUUAAACUGAAUAAUGCGUGUUUUAAACCACUUACAAGAUGUUAAUAUGCAGCCAAUCCAGGUGUUAAGGGCUCCAGAAGCUGCCUAAAAUUACUAGGUAACAAGUCCCUAAUACUUACAGAAUUGGGCUCCUUUAUUUCUCCUGCAUAGAGAGAAAAUGAAGAGAAAAGAAAUUAUUUUGUAGUCUUUUCUAACAGAUACAGGAUAAAAAGAAAGAUAAAUGCUACACAAAGUACACAUACAACAUACACGUGAGGCAGGUAUGGCCAAAUGUGUUCAGUUGACAGGGCAGUACCUUGUGAUAAUUAAAUUAUAGACAAAGUCUGGUUUAUCAAUAAUCAUACUAACCUUUUUUUUUUAUACAGGGUUACAUUUUAUCUUUCCUGCUUGUAAAAAAGCUUUGGAGGAACAUUCAGAGUAAAAAAUGACAAUUACAUACCCAAUUCCUACUGAUUAAGUCCCAUCUGAAAAUCUCUCCCAUGGCCAUUUACCACAUAGAGUGUUUUCCUUUAUAUACUGAUUAUUUGUCUGAUAUUUAGUGAAAACAGACUGACUGCUAUAUGCUGUACAAGAGACCACCUGCACUGAAGGUCAAAUAAUUGAUUUAUGGAAACGCUUUUUUACAUAAUAUGUUUAAGCAAAAUACCUUGUUUAGUUCAGAUCUAACAUGAUUUGCUCUGUGAAGGUUUUGCUGUCACCAACCAUGCUGUCAGCCCCCUGCAAAUCCUUUGUAACCUUUCUCUUAUUACAUAAAAUAAAAAACAAUUUAGAGUUUGAGACAACCUAACCCUGAAGAAGUAAUGUAUUGAUGAAGUUCAAGUACUCCGCUGAUUUCAAAUUGGCAGGAGUCUACUUCAAACUUUGCACUCUAGAAAAAUGCACUCUGAUUUUACACUACCCAUUUAAAAACCCAAAUUAUAUCAGUAGAUGUUUUAAAGUGGCAAUUUGUGUUUAUGCUCAGAAAGGAAGUGACAUUUACUUUUUUACUCCAGCAUUUUGAAAUCUUGGCACUUAGGCUACAUAGGGCUCACAGAUACAGAAUAAAUAGAAAGGCAGAGAGACUGCACAUCCCCAAUGUAUGAUGCAACUGAGGUCCAUCUCAGCUUCGCAUAACAGAAGGACAGCUUGGGGUGGGCAGCAGGAGGCCACUGAAUCCAAACUAAUCACUCAAACUCUAUGCAAAGUACCCUACUCCAGGUAUAUCAGAAACUCAACCACUAUCCUAAGGUGUAACCAACGUAGCUGCCAUCAAGAGACUACAGAGGUGCCAGAGCCCCAGAUAUUACAUGAUUGCCAUAACUGUGUAGGUUACAAGGAUUAGAGAAUGCUCACUGAGAUGUAAUUCAGAAGGGGAAAUAUGAAAUUAAUAAUAUUGAAUUGUUUAUAUAGUUGGUUGCACAUUUUUUUUCUAAUUGUUCUUGUGUUUAUUGGAAGGAGUGCUCAUAAUGGAAUACCAAUUUUAAAUGUUACAUCUACAAUGGUUAGGAAAAUCAAAAUCUCAGUCUCAAUCUGUUAUUCUGUCAUUUUGAAAAACUUGACCUGAGGAUCUAACACACUGAUUUUGCAAAUAGCACUGUAUGCACAAUCCCAUUGUAAAGGACCCACUUUCACAAAGUUUCUGGCAGGAGUGAGGUGCAACCUUCAAAAUGUAGAUCAUAGUGUUUAUCUUUCACAAUGUUUGAAGAAAUCAGUACUUAUUUCCAAUCAUUGUUUCCAGUUUCAUGUAAUGAGAGACCCCAAAAUGAUGGAAGUAAGAAAAAUAAUUAGAAAUUUAAAAUUAUUUUUGAAGAAGUGCACAUGUAUCAUUUUCUCUCUCUUUUACUAGGUGGUUGGUAUUGGCUAUUGCCAUGGCACGGUUUUAUAUGCAGAAAGGAACACACAAAGGCUUAUAUAGAAGCAUUCAAAAGACACUUAAAUUUUUCCAGACAUUUGCUUUACUUGAGGUAGUCCACUGUGCAGUUGGAAUAGUUCGCACCUCUGUGCUUGUGACUGGGGUCCAAGUGAGUUCAAGAAUCUUCAUGGUGUGGUUUAUUACACAUAGCAUAAAACAGAUCCAGAAUGAGGAGAGCGUUAUUCUUUUUCUGGUCGUUUGGACUGUGACAGAGAUUACUCGAUAUUCCUUCUACACAUUCAGCCUGCUCAACCAUUUGCCAUACUUCAUUAAAUGGGCCAGAUACAAUUUUUUUAUCAUCUUGUAUCCUGUUGGAGUUGCUGGUGAACUGCUAACUAUUUAUGCUGCAUUACCUUAUGUGAAGAAAACAGGCAUGUUUUCACUGAGACUUCCCAACAAGUAUAAUGUCUCUUUUGACUACUACUACUUCCUUAUUAUUAUCAUGCUCUCCUAUAUACCAUUGUUUCCACAACUGUACUUGCAUAUGUUGCGACAGAGAAGAAAGGUGCUUCAUGGAGAAGUGAUUAUAGAAAAGGACGAUUAAACCUACCUUUUUAACUACGGUGCUUUUUAAAGAAUAUCAAGGAUUAAAAACAAAAAACUUCAUGUGAUCUUUUUGAGUCCACAUUUUAAAUCAUGGAACAAGAAUAAAUAGCUGUGCACGAAAUACCAUGGAUUGUAUUAUUUUGUAAAAAUUAAUAUAUCUUCAGACUGUGUUUCAUCCUUGGUUUCACCUUUUGGUUCUUUUCGUCUCUUCAUGUCUUCAGACAAACUGUUUUCUUCCCAAUUUUUUAUAUAAGGACAUUAAUAAAUAGUCAGCAGAUUGAAUAUUUGCUAAAUUGCUUUCUAUUAAGAAACUUUUUGUAGUUAGUUGGAAUAAAAAAGGUUUGAUGAGCUAUAUUGUUGAGUAUUCUAGGAAAUAUUCAUAAAUCAGGUUAUUUUUUUCAUAGGAUAGGUGGCUUGCAUAGGAUAGGUGAAAUUGUAUCCUUCAUUAUUUAAAAAAUGAAGGGUGGGCUCAUUUUUGCCAAUAUUCACAAAUGAUAAUUUAGUGUAUCAUAAGUCUUAUGAGAAAACACUGCUAAAAGUAGUCAGUUUAAACCAAAGAUGAGAUAUAAGCAUCUAAUUCUGCCACCCUUUCUCACAUUAUGUAGUACUUCUUUUUUUAACUGUCCUGUAAUAAUUGCCAAACUGCUAUAGAGCAUCAGUAUGGAUAUUAGAAUCAGACCUUUCAAUAGGCCUGAUCCUAAAGUUGGAUUCUGCAUGUGUGCAGUUGCCUAUGUUACCAAAUUCAGUUGUGGAGCCAGGGCUGUACAGUGCUACAGUCUUUUAAUAGUAGGUUUUUAUUUUUGAAGAAUCAUAGACUAAUUUUAAAGCAGUCAACCAUUUGGUGCCCAUGCAAAUGUAGGGCUGCAUACUUUUAAUAUGGAGUUGUCAAAGAUAAUUAAAAAUAGUAGAUGGUAUUUAAUGGGCAAAAAGAAAAAUGAUAUGGAGGAGUGAUAUAGAUGUACCUACAUUUUGUCCAUUAAAGGGCCUGUUUUGGGGGUUUUAUUUAUAUUUUUGUUUGUUCUGUUCUGCGAACUGAAACUGCUUAUAAGUCUGUUCUGUAUUCUAGGUUUAGAGUAAAAAAGGGAAAGUAAAUGUGGACCUACAUGCAAAAACUAGUGAUGACAAAAUCCUUUAUUUAUUUUGAUUAAUCAAAUGGGAUAAAAAUAGAAGUUGUUGUUUUUUUUAAAGUUGAUGUGUAAAUUAUAUUUUGAAUCAUCCCAUUAUGCAAUUAUAAUUGCUCCUUCAAUAAAUUGUUUCAUCUUCUUCAUAAUGUAAUCAGCGAACAGUUUUGGAUCUGGUCCUGUUUAACAUCUUUAAUAUGCUAUAAAAAGGUUUGAACAACACAUUAAUGAUGAUCAUGGAUCAUAUGAAAGGGGGUGAACACCAUCAUGGACAUAAAGAUAAUACAAAGAAGCCUAUAAAUGUUUGAAAUGUGGUCAAAAAUUUAAAACAAGAUUCAACUUGGAAGGUGUGUAGGGGGACAUGGGGGAAGCAAGUUGUUAUAAAUAAAGAAAUUUAGAUAUUCAAUAAGAUGGAGAAAUUUGGAAAGCAAAAAUAUUGGAAGAACACUAAGCAGACAGCAAAUUAGAUACUUAUUCACAACAUGAUGUGGCACCAAAAAAAAGACAAGUUCAAGGUUAGGUGUAUUUGCUGAAGUGUCACAUCAAACAGGGAACUGAGUGACUGCUAAAAUCCCACCUAGAAUAUUCUUCUAAGUUCUGCAUGCCUCACAAGCAAAGUGCAGAGGAUUGUUGGGUGGAGCAGAUACCAGCAACACAAAUAAAUUUAAUGCUCAGGAAUAAGAAAUAGGAAGGAUUGACUUAAAGGCUUUAAAUAUGCAUGGCUUGGUUCUGUGAGAACUAUUUGAGGAGGAGGAAUUAUUGUAAUGAAAGAAGUAGGUGUAACUGAGAGUCAUAUAGAAUAAGAAAAGGAACAUACAGAGUGAGUAUCAGGUCAGGUUUUGACCAUCAGCUCAAUCAGGCUAUGAAGUAAUACGACAAGCCAAGUCAUGACAGCUCCAUUUCACAGGACACUUAAAGAUAGAUUUGAUUGGAUACUAGAAGAUGUUUAAGUUGCCUAGUUCAACCUGCAACCUCAAAGGUGGUCUCCAUUUUUAACUUCUAUGAUGCUUUGAUAACAUACCUGUACUUUUAAAAAGACUGGAAACAUCUUCCGUAUACAUCUAAUGAAUGAAGAAAUUUAUUACAUCCCCAGCACAAGUUUCCAAUUUUAUGCCUUAGGCUUGUCAUAGUCAUCUGUUACAUGCAAACUACCUUCCUUUUAAAUGACUGGUGUACAGUGGACGCGACAUGAAAUCCUAGUAUUUUUUUGUUUUAAAGUGGUAUAGUCUUCACUUUUUUUAAGCAACAUAUUAAUUCAAGGUGCUCUAAGUUAAGUUAUUAAAGUACUUGUUUAAUUCAUAUGCAGCUGAAAUUGUUUAAUGUAUUAAAUAUACAUCAUGCUUACAGUCUUGAUUCACAAAAUAUUUACACAUUCAAUACCUGUUUGGGCUAAAGGUUUUAUCUGUUAAGUGGCUUUUUUCAUAUUUUAAGCAAUGGAUGCAAUUGUUCAUAUAAACUUCUCAGUUUGCAUAUUGUUCCAUAUGGAGCAUCCAGGCAGCUUUUAACUACGUAUUUCUUAAUUAGUAAGUAAAAAUAUUUUAUGGAAUAUGAAAGAAUAAGAUCAGGUUUUGUUUAAUGAUAGUUUAGUCUCUUCUCAUUGUGAUGUCAGCUCACUGAAGCCUAUGACUAUUUGUAUGAAAUGUACUGAAUAUUCCAAAGGCCUGAUCCUGCAACACUUACUCAUGUGAGCUUGUCCCAAGGAGACUAUUCCUAUGAGUACAAGUUGAAGGGCUGACCUCAACCACUGUAUUAUUUAUGUUGUAUUUGUAUUGUGUUCAGUUUGAGGAUAUCAUGCAAGGUACAUAAAACUACUGUAGGCAUUUUGAUACUCUUUUGUACUGCAACACAAAUUAAUACAAUGCCAUGUAUUGCAAUCGUGAUUUCUGGUUUGCAUAAAAACAACAAUGUGCUUAGUCCUGAAUAAUAAUAAUACACAAACAAGAAAAGCCAUAAAGUGAUUUACAAUAGCAGUAAAAUCUUACUGAACUGCAUUUCAAUAAACUGUGAAUUCAUGCUGAAAA